AUGUCAAGUGAUGAUAAAAAUAAGCCAAGCGAUCCGAAGAAUGAGCCCAAGAACUGUGACCCAAAAUGUGAACCAAAGAUUGAGAACAAAUGCCAGCCCAGCUGUUUAAAGAAGCUGCUGCAACGGUGCUCUGAAAAGUGCCCACGGGAAAAGUGCCCACCACCGCCCAAGUGCCCCCCAUCACUAAACCCCCAAGAAGCUAUCCCUGAGGAGUGA